UCUCUCUCUCGCUCUCUCAAAUACUCCCCAUGCUCCUUGCCCUCCUCCUUUGAUGAGGCAAAUGGCCAGCAAUGGCAUGGCGUCCUCCCCCUCCUUCUUCCAUCCAAACUUCCUCCUCCAAAUGCAGCAAACACCCCCUGAUCAUGAUCCCCAAGAACAUCACCACAACCACGACCACCAUCUCCCUCCUCCCCUUCAUCCUCACCACAACCCCUUCCUACCCUCCUCCCAAUGCCCCUCCCUCCAAGAUUUCCGAGGUAUGGCGCCAAUUCUGGGGAAGCGGCCGAUGUACGGUGGCGCCGACGUCGGAGGCGGCGAGGAGAUGAACGGCGGGGGCGCGAACGAGGACGAGCUGUCGGACGACGGUUCGCAGGCGGGGGAGAAGAAGCGGCGGCUGAACGUGGACCAGGUGCGGACGCUGGAGAAGAACUUCGAGCUCGGGAACAAGCUUGAGCCGGAGCGCAAGAUACAGCUGGCGCGCGCGCUGGGCUUGCAGCCGCGGCAGGUAGCCAUCUGGUUCCAGAACCGCCGCGCGCGGUGGAAGACGAAGCAGCUGGAGAAGGACUACGACGCCUUGAAGCGCCAGUUCGACGCCGUCAAGGCCGACAACGAAGCCCUCCUCUCCCACAACAAGAAGCUUCAAGCCGAGAUACUGGCGCUGAAGAGCAGGGAGGCAGGGUCCGAGCUGAUCAACCUGAACAAGGAGACGGAAGCGUCCUGCAGCAACCGCAGCGAGAACAGCUCCGAGAUCAACCUCGACACCUCGCGCACGCCGCCGUCCGAGGGCCCCAUGGACCCUCCUCAGCACCAACACGCCGGCAGAGGCGGCGGAAUGAUCCCAUUUUACCCCUCCGUUGGCCGCCCCGCCGGCGUCGACAUCGACCGACUCCUGCACAGUUCGUCGGCCCCCAAGCUGGAGCAGCACGGCAACGGCGGCGUCCAGGCAGCGGAAACCGCCAGCUUCGGUAACCUCCUGUGCGGCGUCGACGAGCCGCCGCAGUUCUGGCCGUGGGCCGACCACCAGCACUUCCAUUGAUCCAUCACAAAUAUAAUUCACAAUAUCAUUGCAAUGGUGAUCAACGAUGAGCAGAAAGAUUCGAGGAAAUUGGAUUCUUGGUGACAUGCAGCAAGGGAGGGAGAAGGUUGUCAGGUUGUGUAUGAUCUGUUCGGCGAGGUAGCUGCAUACGAGAGAUUGAGAUGGUGAUACAAUAUGGGUAAUGGAGUUGAUGCAUGAGAUGGGGUUGUAGGGGGGAUAAGUGAGUUGGUGUUAUGUGUAGGUAUAUUUUGGUUUGAUUUUCGAUAGUAUCUUUUGUGUCUUCAUUUUUUUUUCUUUGCCUUUAUUCUUUUGUUGACACAUAUAUAAAUUUGUGAAUUGUGAGGCAGUGUUGUAUGUUGUAUAGGUGCAUGGUGUUCCUUCCACUUUGUAUGGAGUA